CAGCCCGCCCAGUCGAUGUUCGCCCCUUUUCCCCACCCGUCAUCUCUCCCUCGGGUCUUCACAUAGCAACCGUGCAACAGUCAAACUUUAGUUGCACUGCACUACUAACACCUCCAGCUAGGUAUGUGCAGUACUGUGUACAUUACCUACCUUAGCUUCCUAGCUCUGUGCGCUGCUCCUCUGGCCCUUUCCGCCACAUUGGGAGACCCCUCUCAAACACAAGCACACACCCCCCCGUUGGGAAAACACCUCAGUGGUGGCGCCCAGUAUGAGCUAGGUUUUUUUUCCUCUUCUUUUGCUUUUUGUUUCUGUUUUCUUUUUGUCAUCAAGAUCGCAGAACCACCGAAACCGCCCUGCCCUGCCCUGCGCGCACGCCCGCCCGCCCGCACGAACGCACCAAUAAAACCCGCCAUGGACAGGUACUGUACAGUGCUAUCUGGAGUACAGACUACAUACACACACGCGCGCACACACACGCACACGCAUACACACACACACACACACACACACACACACACACACACACACACACACACACACACACACACACACACAGGCACGGCCGCUUUCUCGACUUUUUUUCUCGUGUGACGACGCGAGGCGAACUAACACCCGCUCCCCCCACCGCAUCCCAUCCCAUCCCAUCCCCCACCGCGGCCGCCGUCCGCUCUCACAGACGCGUCCACCGUGCUCACUUCGGCUCGGGUCGGUUCGGUUCAGCUCCAGGUUGAGAUUAAGGUUCAUGUUCGGGUUCAUGUUCAUGUUCAUGUUCAGGGGUUCGCUAGCGGGCUGGUCUGGCUGGUAGGUAAGUUAGCUAGCUAGCAACUUUGCUGACUGGUAGGUUGUC